AUGACGAUAGCUUCCCUCCUCAGACCCUCCGCUAUCAUUUUCGCUAUCCCCGUCAUCUCGACAUCAUCGUCCACCUGCCGUCACGCUUUCUUCAUGUCUACCCCGAGCGACAGUCUCCGGCUUCGCCAGAAGCUCUCCAUCACCGAAUCUCUCUCCGGAGCCCACUCUAUCCGUUCCAACCGUUCCAACCGCUCUAACCAUUCUCAGCCUCCUUUGUCCAAACGUCCUUCUCUCGCGAACUCCAUGGCAGGCUCUAUGACUGGUAGUCAGCGAAACCGUCUUCGUGAGCACCGUGCCGAAGCAGUAUUUCAUCAGACGACUCCUUCUAGCACCAUUAGACUCAUCAUGUCUCGCGCUUCUGAAGCUCCUAACGCUCCUGCUGCUCCCCAUCUAUUCAAUCAAUUGAUGGAAUAUUUUGGGACCGACGAGGAUCAAAUUAAGUCCGUCAUUGAUAAUCAGCAACAGAGCCUCGCUACUGAUUCUGUUGGUGGUGAUACUGCCGGUGAUGCUGCUGCUGCUGGAAUGGUCCAGCAAGAAAACACCACUCCGGGCACUCCGACCACUCGUUCGGGUACUGCUAGUCCCUUCUACCCGCCACAUCUCCGUACUACCAGCGGAGCUUCAACUCCAGGCUCGGAGCCAAUCGGUGAUCUUUCGACUCGUCAGCUGUCAAAUGCUGAGAUCAUGUUGUACAUCAACACCAUGCUUGGCACGUUUCCUGGUCGAAAGCGACCAGGGAACCCCACAGAGCUCGAACGGAUGUUCAUUGGAAAAUAUUUCGGUGAGCAAGAAGAAGAAGGCAGCGAGUAUGGCUACGUCAGCGACUGCGAGCCAUGCGAUAUUGACAGUCUUUCUGGAGAUGAUGAAUCCAAUAAGAAAGAAGGUGUUGGUGAGUUGAAGGAGGGAGUUGACAACCUCAAGAUCUCUGGGCCGAUGAGAGAGAUGAAGGAGGACAAUGAUUAUGAUGCCGUUUGA